GAGUUCAGUCGAUGAUGAAACGUUCCCAAAAGAAAGCUCAACAUCUUCGCGCGUCGCAAUGCCUUUUGCAAGAAUCGAUUGGAAACUUCUAUGAAUAUCAUUAACUCAGCAGUGAUUGGAAAGUGAUGUGAAAUUUCAUUAUUAAAGAUUUUUGGAUUACCUAAAGGACCAUACAAAGUGUUUCCCAGGGAACCUAGAUCCUGAGAUUUUAAUUGAUAAUUUUGCAAAAAGCAAGAGGAAAAUUUUCACCACAUAAUUGCGUGUGAAUUUUCCAUAAGAUGAUUUUUACUGCAAUCCCUUAUGGUACGGGCAGUCGUUGGGCCCUUGGGUCCAUUAUACUUGUACAUCAGAGUGUCUACAAUGAAAUUGGAGCUACAACAACUCUCUUUGCCAUCCUCAUUGCUGCUCUUUCAGCCACAUUUUCAGCUAUUUGCCGAAGUGCAACAAAUAAAACCAGCAAUAUUGGAUACUUGAGAGCUAACCACAAAUGUGAUUUUCUCCUUCUCUUCCUAACCCUUUGGAUGGACAUUUUGGCCCUCCUGGCAUCUUGUGGUGCCCUGGCAAGGACACUGAGUACUUGUUUGGAUACAAUGACUGGGGGUAUGGCGCGAAUGUGGAUAUUAGGAAGAAAUUCAUCACCAAAUGAGCCCUGGCCAGAUGUCAUUGGAGUCUCUGUGGUGUUCCUUGUAUCCGGAAUGUUUAUGCUCGGACUGGAGAAUACUAAAAUAUUCAGUUGUUUGAUGAUAUCCGGUGUCUUAGGGAUAAUUGGACAACUGGGUAUUGUUACCUGGCUCCAGGGAGAUGAAAUUGAAUGGCAUAAGGAAACCUGGUUCCCACAGGGAACAUCUGGAAUUAUCAUUGGAGCGGCUCUAUGUGCUUUCUCUUUUCCCGCCGAAAUGCCAACAGCUGCCCGAUACAAUCGUCUAACUGGCAUUUUAAUUAUCCUCGUGGUGACCUUCACGAGCGUUCUUACUGCGGCCUGUCUCUCUACACUGGUUCACUUUAAGCCAGAGACCGAGUUUCUGGCAGUACCAGUUUUCAAGAUCCUGACCUAUGUAAACCUUACGAAAGUUAUACCAGCAAUGGCCUGUCUUCUUGUUCUAACUUGCUCAGGAGCCCUCAUGGAACUGUUUCCGGAAAUGUAUGCUCUUAUCGUAAAGCUGACAACAUCAGAAUGGAAGAUUCUAGCGAAGCAAAUUGGAUAUGAAAGUCGGGACAGUGGUAGUCCGGUUUUAGCAAUUUUCACAGGAGGCAGCCUAUGUGCAAUGCUGGCGUUUGCCUGUCCUAUGGAGAAUUUAAUCUACAUUCUGGCUGGUAGCCAUUUAAUGGCCUCAAUUUUUAGAGCUCUUUACCUUCUUUACACCCCAUAUCGACCAAAAUGCAUACAACACCAGGAAUCAUCACUCGCCUAUACCCGUCUUCAGUCAGCUACUGCACAAACAUCUCAAAAUAUCCCAACUUCAGCAUCAACAUCCCGAAGACUGUGGUGCUUCCGCCGAGCAUCCUCAGUCGCGGUUAAUAUGGCCAAAUCCCGAUUGCAGAAGAAGCCCCAUGAUGAAGAGUUGGAAAGAGAGUGGCUUCUCCUGGGAGAACCACCAUCUCCACGAUGCCUUGAGCAUCCAGAUCGCAAUGACGAUGCAGAAUCUUCAAUUUUAAGUGAUGACGGAGACCAAGCUCCUGCAUCAGAAGACAGUACAACUGACAUCGAUGCCAUUGUUGAUGAGUAUCGACAGAAGAUUAAGGUAUCAAUGGCUGGACCACUGGAUAAGAAUCAGAAGACACCUUCAGUAACUUCUUGGAGAGUUGCCCUCAUUGGGAUACUCUUCAUUGUCUGUGGAAUUGCAUCAGUUAUCUUUGGCGUUAUCUAUCAGGACGUAAUUUCGUUAUCAUCGGGACUUAUUGGUACCUUCUUUGCAAAUAUAAUGCUGUUCUGCCUACCAAGACACAAUCUGCAGCAAGGACAGGUGUCUUCCCUAACAGCAACCUUGUCAAUCAUCUUAAGUUGUGUCCUCCUAACUGGGACACUCAGCAAUUCUUGGGCAGCUCUUUUGUUCUGGAUAACAGCUGGAUUUAUCUUCUGCAUUCGAUGUGAUUCAUGGUGCUGUCUCUGCCUCGAUCGAACAACUAUUUCAGCGCACUCCCACAUCAUUCCCAAUGUCUCAGCCAAAUUGGACAAUUUAAGGCAGAAAUCUGUGAGUGGUAUUCAUCUACCGAAUCGAAUUCCUACACAUAGAUGACAUUUGGCCAGUUCCGAGAGUGAUAUUCUCGAGGGAGAAGAUACCAUGGAGGAAUGGAGUGAUUAGGAUUAGUGAUAACAUGUGAGUGAUUAUAUACGGGGCCUUUCACCUUUUCUCUGUUCAAUGUCUCUUGUGCAUCAUUUACUGAGCCUUUUCUGAUGUUUCUUCUCAAUAAAAAGAAUUUAUUCCAUUUUCUGCUAAAAAAAAAAGUUACUUCCUUAAUUGGGAUUUCUUGUGCCACA